UGGUAGAAAUGGCCAUUCGGCGAAUUCAACAAAUUUUGUUUUCCGCGGCAUUGAAACAUUAGCUUGCUUGGCUUGACUUAGCUUGACCUCAUGAACGACUUGAUUUGGAUGAGUGCGGACAUUAUAGCCGUUUUUUGUGCCAGAGAAAGGACAAAAGCGCUCAACUUGCCUUAAGACAACCGUUCUUGAUAGAAAAGUUAUAAUUUUGUUUGACAAUUUUCUCAAAGCGCCACUUUGACGGUUACAUUCGGCGAAACACGGCUGCUGCUGGCAUUUUUGUUGCUGCUUUGCAGCGGGUGCAUGUCACUCACGAGAAAACCAACAUGGCCGCCCUUUGAGAACCGUGCUCGCUGGGAGGAAUGCGUGCGCGCUUCGCGUCACUCGCUGCGUGCGUGGUGUGAGCAAGCCUUGUCGGGGCGCCGCGGCGGCAGCGGAAGCAGCACGGCACCAGCCGACCCUCGACAUCGGGAGUCGCCAGGUGGCCUGGUGGAGUCCGGUGGGGGGCCUGGCUGAGGGGCGCGGGGGCGCAUGACGAGCCGGCGGCAGCCGGGGGGCCCUCCCUCGGCUUCGGAGGCGGCCCCCCGGUCGCUGUGCGUGGCCGUGGUGGGCCUGAGCGGCACCGAGCGCGACAAGGGCCCCACGGGCGUGGGCAAGUCGUGCCUCUGCAACCGCUUUGUGCGGCCCCGCGCCGACGACUACCACACGGACCACAUCUCGGUGCUGAGCCAGACGGACUUUGGGGGCCGCGUGGUCAACAACGACCACUUCCUGUACUGGGGCGAGGCCCGGCGGCCCCUGGCGGACGCAACCGACAGCGCCGGCAUGCCCGAGCUGAGUGUGCACGUGGUGGAGCAGACCGAGUUUAUCGACGACUCGUCCUUCCAGCCGUUCCGCAGCGGCAAGACGGAGACGUACCUGAAACGGUGCGCGGCCUUGCGCCUCUGCUCGGCAGAGAAACUCAUGUAUGUGUGCAAGAGCCAGUUGGGCAUCGAGAAGGAGUUUGAGCAGCGGCUCAUGCCCGAGGGACGUCUUAACGUGGACGGCUUUGUGUGUGUUUACGAUGUGAGCCACGUGCCCGGGCGGCCGGCCGACAAGCAGGCAGAGUUUGCGGCUGCCCUGCUGCAAACGCUGGUGCGCACCCGGAAACCUGUUGUGCUGGCCGCCACCAAGACGGACGAGGCCUGCGAGAUGCACCUUCGUGAGGCUGAGCGCCUUGUGGCCCGCAAGGAGCUCAGGGGCCAGGUUCCACUGGUGGAGACGUCAGCCCACGAGAAUGUGAAUGUGGACCUGGCAUUUCUGCUGGUGGCGCAGUUAGUGGACCGGGGCGCCAAGGGAGCAAGUCGCUGGGGGGGACGGGUGCCAUCAUUCCUUGAGGCCAGCCGGGCACGCCGGGAGGCCCUCGACCAGGCGACCGACGCCUUCCAGGCGCUGGUGCGAGCCCAGGUGACCGACCCACGCGCCCAGUGGGCCGGGUGGAGCCAAAGGCUGCUGGGAGCGCCAGAGUGCGAACGCUUCUGUUCCCUGUUUGGCCGAGCGGCAGCGCGGCUAGCCUUUGAGAAACAUGUGCGACGACUACGGGAGGAGCACACUGCGCGUCGCGUCAGGGGCUUCCUCCGGGCCCUUCCCACGGCCUUGGCCCAGCUACUACCCAACCGGGAUGCCCUGGGUGACAGUGACUGGUCGACGGUGAAGGAGGAGCUGCUGCGGCCGCACGCGGACUUUGAGCAGUACUUUGUGGACGACGGGGGCGAGUGGGAGGACCGGUCGCCCGUGGAUGACCAGGAGGAAGAGGAGGACGGUCGCAUCCCGUACGCCCUGCUGGACCGGCCCGAAGCGGAGGCCUGCUUCCAGGAGCACCGGGCCGCGCUGGAGACCGAGGAGCGGCGCCAGGAGCUGCGGCGACAGUUUCGGCAGCUGCUCGAGGAGACGGGCUACGUGACGCCGGGCAAGAGCCUGGGCGAGGUACGCGUCCUCUUCAUGGGGCGCGAGUGCUACGAGCAGCUGCCCGAGGCCGACCUGCUCGAGGUGUAUGAGGAGCACCAGCAGGAAAUGACGGAGCGUGCCCGGUGCCAGUUCCAGGAACUGCUGCUGGAGCAUGCCGAGCUCUUCUACGAGUUUGCCAAUGUGGGGCCUGGCAGUGUUAUCACCCAGGAAGACAUCGCCAAAAUCACCGAAGCCCUCCAGGAGGACUCCAGGUACAAGACCCUAGACCGUCUAGACCAGGAGCGAAUGCUCAUGCUGCUUCGACACCUAGGCUUUGUGCACGGCCCAAUGCGGGAGCACUGCCCGGCCAAUCCGCACUGCAUGGACGCCAUCAUCGAGCAGCUGCUGCGAGCCCACCAAGGGGGCGGCGGGGGUGGUGCGUGGAGCCCCCUGGGGGGCAAUGGCCGCCUCCUGCAGCUUGUUGUACUAGGCUCCGGGGGUGCCGCCCAACAGGUGGCCCAGGCCAUGCGUGAGGCCCACGGGGCCGCCUUUCGGCUCGACGACAAGGGCGCCCAGUACGCGCUCGACUUUCGGAUCGUCGACGGCGACGUGGGCCUGCCACACAACUCCUUCCGCACGGACCUGCCGCACGGCUGCCUCUGCGUCUACUCGAGCCAGCAGAGCCUCGAGUACAUCCGUGAGAGCCUCGAGAAGACUCUGCUGGCCAACCUGGAGCAGGACGACCGGCUUCCCUUCCACGGGCUGCCCCUGGUCAUCGUGUAUGCUGGCCCCGCCGACCCGUCAUUGCGCCAGGAGGGCAUCAACCGCGCCAAGAGCCUGCAAUGCCCUUUUGUGGACGUUGGAGGUUUGGACCCCGUGCGACUGGAGCAAGCCCUGGCUGCCCUGGUAGAGAGCAUUCAGCGGCGGGCAGGUCGCCUGCACAUCUACCAGUCGCUGCCCCCACCGUCCGAGGGGGGCGCCUCCCGGCCGGACCUGCGUCUCCUACUCUGCAUGCUGUGCGGGGACCCUUACGCUCCGGAGCAUGUCCUGGCACCCCUCCUGGCGCACCCAGGGUCUGUGGCCACGGGACCCCACUGCCUCAGCCUGGAGACCUUCCUGGGCAGCAGCAAGCGCUCCGUCCAGGUGCGGCUGGCGUCGUACCACGAGGCGUCGGCCUACCGCGACCACUUGCUGCACGGCUUUGUGCUGGUCUACUCGGCCCAGCGGCGGGCCUCCCUGGCGACCCUGAGUGCCUUUGCCAAAGGGCUGGCGGGCAUGCCCAUGCAGAUAGUGGCCGUCACGGAGGCCGCCAGCGCUGCCUCGGCCUUCUUCUCGAGCGAGCUGGCCCAGCAGCUGAUGCGCGACGGCAACGCCCUGGCCGACCAGCUGCAGGCCCACUUUGCCACCUCGUCGACGGCCGCCCCCCACAAGGGGGCCUUCUACCAGGCCUUCUUCAAGGAAGCCUGGGAGCGCAAGCCCCAGGUCGAGCGCGCCUUCUACCGCGACGAAGACGACGAGGACGACGACGACGAGGAGUCGCCCGAGGGCGGGGCCCCGCCUGUGCCCAGCCGCCAGGAGUCGUACCACCUUACGGGCGGGGGAGGACAGCACGACGGGCUGUCGGGCGAGGGCUUGUACGAGCAGCUGCCAUCGGAAGGGGGCUCCUCGUCAUCCCCCCCUGGCCGAGGGGGUGCUUCCCUGAGCAGCGACAAUGAGGCGCCACCCGAGAAUGGCACGGACCACCUAGUAAGGCCCUCCCAACUGCGCAAGCGCCGGAGCUUACAGGCUGAGCUGUACCGGCAGCAGCCGUACCCAAGUUCAGAUUCUCUAGAGAGCCGAGUGCCGCCAGCGCCGCCUACGCUCGUCACCUUCGGAGGGGGAGGGGGCGGACCCUCCCCCCUGUCGGCACCCCCUCCACCGCCCCUUGCCGAGGCAGCCCCUCGCUGUGCUCCGCCUCCUCGGCUGUGCACCACGGGUCGACGGUCGCAGUCUCGGGAUGCGCCCCCUCCGCCGAGCUUUCCGACGGCUGGCCUGCGAAAGUCCAGCAGUCUCAAGGCAUCCUACGGCCUGGGGGUGGGUCGCGCGGCCCCCGUCGUACCACCCGUGGCGCCAGUACCCACCGAGGAGCAGGACGCCACACACUCCGACAGCAUCACCGACGAUGACGACACCAUCUCCUCCUCGGGUCUAAGUGCCAGCUGUGACUUCCUGCAGGGGGUGUAUCCUCCACCCCCCGAACCGGCGCCGCCGGACUUUUCCGCCUCGGCCCGGCUUCCGAAGGGCCCCUCCAUCUCUUCAGAGGCUGGAUCUCAGGAGUCCUUGGGCAUGGAUACAGGUGGUGGUGUCUGGGCAGAUCCCUUUCCCUAUGCGGGACGAGGCGACGAGUGGCCAGCGCCAGAGCUCUACUACCAGAGGACGGGCUCCAAGCAGGCCCCGCCGCUCAAGCCCAAGCCCAAGCAGGGCCACCACCAGCAGCAGCCGGGCAAACUGAACCUGCGGCAGUUCGACCACCUGACGGAGGCCAUCAGCCGGCUGCAGCUGUCGGGGCCGGGUCACAAGCCCCCCCUGGCACUACCAGACGAGGACGCUCCUUUACCACAGGAUGCGGUGUAUGGUGGUGGAGUGGAACGAGCGGCUCAUCUGCUGCCAGAGGGCAAACAUCGUGUCCGUUCCCUGGCACGCCGACAUGCCAGUCGAGAGCAUGACAAAGCAGUGGCAGCAGAAUCUGACUCGGACAGUGAGUGGAGCUCCCUCGAACGACACCCCGGCCGCCCUCCCGGGUGUGCCCCCCGCCGACCGCCAGCGCCCCAUCGCAGGGGGCGCCACCGUCGCCAUCGGGGCGGCAGCAUCCCCGUGGCGCCCCCGCGCAUCCCAGCGCUGCCUCCGUACCCGGAUGCACCUCUGGUGUCAUCAGCCGCAGCAGCCAAGGCCAAGCUGCCCGGCAUGCUGCCUACUGACGACAGCGUCGCCUAUGACAGUGCCACGCUUGGAGAGCUGGCGGCAGGUGCCAGGCAGUUACUGAAGGACAAGAGUACAACACGGAAGAAGGACGAGCGGAAGAAGGCUCGCGAGGAUGAGAAGACGGAGAAGCGCCGCCUCAAGGAAGAGGGGCCGCAUAGAUCGGCCACCUCUGACUAUUGCUCGUGCAAGACAGCCGGAUUUCGGGGCGCAGUCUCGCGGCUCAAGUGUUCUUCGUACAGCGUUGAAGGGUCUCGCACGGUGCAGGAGCGGCAGAAGCGGCUAACGGAGAAGAAGAAGAAGAAGCAGGGCAGCAGCAGCAGCCCCGCCGGGGCGGCCCCCGCGGCCGCGCUGGAGGAGUUUGCCCAGUCGGAGGCCGUGCGCACUCCCCUCUUUGUGGAGCAGUGCGUGCGCUUCAUCGAGCAGGAGGGCCUCGACUCGGAAGGGCUGUACCGGGUGCCAGGCAACAGGGCACACGUGGAGCUGCUGCUGCAGCGCCUCGACGAGGGCGCCGACCUGGCGGCCGAGCUGGGCUCCUCCGAGCUGCCUGUCAAUGCGGUGGCCACCGCCCUCAAGGACUUCUUCUCCAAGCGGCUGCCCCCGCUGCUGUCGCAUGCCCACAUGGCGCGCCUCACCGAGAUCGCAGGCCUCUCUGACCGCAGCUGCCGGCUGCUGGCCCUGAGGGAGCUCAUCAAGAGCCUGCCGCCAGCAAACUUUGAAAUCCUCAAGUUUAUCUUCCAGCAUUUUGUCCGGGUGGCUGAGAACUGCCGCCUGAACAGCAUGGACAGCAAGAACCUGGCCAUCUGCUGGUGGCCCACAUUGCUGCCGCUCGAGUUCAGCGACAUGGGCGUGUUUGAGCGCGUACGACCGCACCUCGAGGACGCCGUGCAGACCAUGAUUGACCAGUUCCGCUUCCUCUUCUGCGACCAGGACGAGGUGCUCAGCGUCUGACCGCUCCUUUUGUUUUUUCUAUUGCUGCCGCCGCCGCCGCUGCUGCUGCUACUACUACUACUGCUACCACUACUCCACCGCUGCUGGUCUCGGGUCUGGGCCGGCUGGCCAUCUUCGAACGGUGCGCGGCAUCAGCAUCCUCCCCGGACGGCCCUGUGGUGUUCCUUCCAUGGCCCCGUCUCGUGCCGACCCCGCAUUUUCGGUUGCUGCCACCACCACAUCUGAGGAAGCUUUGUGUCGGGGCCGUCAAGAAUCUCAUGUGGCCGACAUCAAGUGCUGUGUGUGCGUGUGUGUGCGCGUGUGUGUUUGUGCGCGCGCGUUUGUGGCGGUGCUACGGCACUCUUAAUUUAUUUGUUGAUUUAUGCUGCGGCUGUGCGGAGAGGCGCUGUGCCCGGCUGGGGGCCGAGGUGUUUUUUUUUUCACACUCACUCUUUUGUGUUCCUUUUUUUAAUUUCCUCGGCACAACCCUGUGAUAUUUGUACAUUUUAUUCCUCGAAGGUCCCAUGUACAUUUGUUCCCAUGCCUAGUUUUUUCUUCCCAGCGUUGUUUUUGUUUUUGUCUUUUGUACAGAGCAAACAUUUUUGGGGCAGGAAAGGGGGUGGGGCGCUGGUGCGUUUGCUUUUGGCACCUCUGGCUUUGGAACGAAGUGACCCACUCUUGGCUGCCGUUGGCUCCCACCGUCUUCUUCAAGCGUCCCCCUUUGUAUUUUUUGCUUCGUCCUUCUCCUCUUGCCUGGAACAAUCUUCCAUGUGGUUGUGGAAAGCUUCUUCCUUUUUUAUAUGUUUUAUCAGGCCAAGGUGUUUGUUGCCACGUGAAAAUCAAAGGCACCCAAUCAUGACACUAACUCAAUAGUUGGCACAGGGUAAUUAUUUGAAGUUUUUAUGCUUCUUUUUUUUUUUCCUCAUCACAUCUGGUCCUUGUUCACACGCCAUGUCCAUACUGCUACAAGGAGCCAGAGCUAUUUUUAAUUGACUGUUGGUGUGACUGCCUAACUUGGUAAGGGACUUUUUUUUCCUGAAAUGUUAAGCCAGCCUUUGAAUGAGGAGACCUACAUGGCCGAAAACAUGGCAAUGAUGUUGCUUGCAAAAUGUUGACGAGCACAUGCAAAAAUGAUCUUGAAAGGGCUCCACAUCAUAACUUGUCAUUUUUACAGUGCUUGCCAUAAUAGUUUGGUAAUGACACAUCACUAAAGUGGCUGCUUCACUGUUUCCAAAUGUGGUCUAUCUCAUUGUCUGACACAUUCCUUGUGCAGAAGCCAUAACGAAGGCAUUCACCUUGCCAUUGUGGUGUAGAGAAAGCAUUUGCUGCAAAACUUGGCCAGCAAGUAUACAGUAGCCGACUAACUUUUCAGUCCCGAAGAAUUACUCGAGUUACUCAAAACUCCGUUGGUAUCUUAUGCCAACAACCAGAAGGUAUAUUAAAGGAGUACCAACACAUAGUAUUUUCGAUGUUAAAGCUUCUUGCAUUUGAAACAGGGACACUGGCUAGAAUAAAAAACGCAAAAAACAACAACAUGUACGUAUUUUAAUUUUAUGCUGAAGUUGGUCACAGAAUGCCUAACCUGGCAUCAUUGGCAUUAGCGGCUUUACAUCGCCUUACCUUUGAUUUGUGCUGUGACGGUAUGCCAUUGCGAUACACUGGGUCAUACAUAACGCAGAGCAAAAUUUAGUGACGCUGUAGAGCAAUAAGAUUAGGUAUAAUGAUGCUGCUCAUCAUAAAAACAUAACCGGAAUUCUGUGCGAAUUUCUUUAAGUUGUACUCGCUUGUGGCAGUCGCAGAGAUCGCGGGAGCGGGGCCAGCCAAGUUAUCAUGGUAUCGUGGUUCAUUCACCUACCAGGCAUCAAAAUGGAAAGUGGCGCGUAGAAACAAUUAUUAUUUAGGACGUUUUGAUGCUAGCUGGUAUUUUUUUCUAGUGUUUAGAGGAAUUGAAGCUUCACAAGAAGAAAGAAAAAAGAAGCAUAAGAAAGAGAAGACGAGUUGAAACUGUUGUCGGUACUCCUUUAAUGCCCUUCUUUUUCUUUUUUCUGCAAUACCUGCUCUAGCAUUUUUUGUGCAUUUUGUGUUCUGAUGCACUUGUCGUAGCAGGCCUUCUUGAUGCGGCAUAAGAGCUUUUGGAUGCGGAGUGACCAGACUGCAAUUGCUGGCUGGCACUCGUUCAGUCGCGCAACCAGGACAGUGUUCCUUUUUUUCCCCCAUUGCCCUUUAAGCACAUAAACAAAAGUUCUGCUUGUUAUGGGCUGCAGACAGGCAUGCCAUUUCUGAUAAGCUGUCACUACACUACCAGGCAAAAGGUCUCGAUAGGAUUGACAGUGUAACACGCUAAAUACUUGCUGUUGAAAAGGAUGCAACCUUCAGCAAAGUCGUGGAGAUCUUGCUUAGCAUUUGCACUUUCUAUUGAUUCAAUCAAAAAUCGCUUCGCAAUUGGCCUAGCAAUCAAACAAGGAAGGACUAUUUAUCCUUCUGCCGCAAAUUGUGCAGCUAGCUCCAUUGUGUACAACACCGAUACUCGUGAUGUGGCAUGUUAUGUACAAAAAGAUCAAACCGGUGGAUGUUUUUUUGGCAUCUUCAAUUAUCAUUGUACAUUUGCCUUUUGUACCACUAGGUGGUGCCACAACGGAGUCUAAAGAAUCGAUAAGAGUCCACAAAUCGGUCGGUUACUGUAUAUGUAGAGAUGUGCAUACAAUUCUUUGGCAGCAAGAUUAAAUGAUGUAAAGCAGCACCCACAUGGAACGUAUGUCUAACAUAUUUUUGGCAGUGUCAUGCGGUGUAAAGCGUACGAAUCAUGCAAUAAGCACAUCGUUGUCACGGAUGAAACACGUACCAGGAGUCAUCUGCUUUGUACAGUGACAAGCUAGAACGUUACGGCCGGGACUAAAGCACGGUCGUCACACAGAGUAAAAUAAUAAACACGCUGAUGCCGUACGGCACUAUGCUGAAGAAAUGCUGGCAAUAUGACCAAGUGGUGGUUGCUCAGGAGUACUCAUAUGUUAGAAUCAAAACUUGCAUUGUUGGCAGCAUUCUUUCUAAAGGUCUGCAUUAUGGUGCCAUGGAGAGCUUUCACUCAGUGCAUGGGCUGUGGUUUAUGAAUGCUGCACAGUUGUGGAACUUUUGAACCUUGUAAACACUUGAACCUUGUGCUGUUGAACCCAAUUCUCGGACUCUUGCAAGGUUGCAAGUUUUCAGGCAGUUGAAAUUUGGUAGAGCUGCCGCAUUUGUAGCCACUGCAGAAAACUUAGGGAGGGAAGUGGCUGCCUGUCUUUCUAGGUUUGUCUUUGUCUAGCGGGCUUCACUGCUACAGUUUGCUUAAGUACUGUUGUGCUUCACUAAUUAGCCUUGGGAAGGCCAUGCCUGCACCUUCACCAGUUAAGCAGCACUAGUGAGCAAAGCCUAGAGCAGCUACCUUCCCGAGGCCUGUAGGCCUCGGCAAGGUGCCCAGCUUUGCAGACUUCCUAUGCGUUUUGCUUGACAGUACUAUGACAGCAUUAAGAGCCUCAUCAUUCACAAAGCAGCGAACAGUUGCACUGUCAUCAUUGGUACACAUUUGCACACAUUUGCAAUCUGCUUGCUCCAUAGGUUGCGUUGCAUGAGCACCCACAGUCAUGCCCACAGUGCCAGCAGAUUUCAACGAUCGUUCAGUCUGCUGGUUGCUGUUGCUGAAGGAGCACAUGUGGUGGGAACAGCUUGAUUUGCUCCAUACGAAUUCCAUUGGCCAUGGCUUCUUGCCCCACAGGAGAAAACGUGCUCGGGGACAAUUUUCUGUGGCAAUGAAGGGAAGGCUACAGGUGCAUAGUACAUGUACUACUGUGCCAAGCAGCCCGACGAAGUCUGAUGGUGCCUUCUGUUUCCGUUUGUCGGAGCAAAUACAGAAUCAGCUUAGCUUGCUACUUCUGACACUUUUAUUUAGCAUUAGCCAAGCUGUGGAGGAGCAAAGCUAGAAAUGUAUAAUUCAUAUUUAGUAAACGUGACUUACAGCACAUACAUUGACAAGAGGACAGAAAGAAUGACGAAUACAAGCAGUUGUCUUCAUUGUUCUUUCUGUCCCCUUGUCUAUGCAAUACAAUACCAGCUAACCUGUAAUCAAAUCUUGCUUCAACUUCAGCAUUAAGUGGUCUGUGUUUUGAUAUUUUAAUAUAAUUGCUGUAGUAAUUAACAUUUCUGUGUUUUCUAUUGCCCAGCUUAAUCCAUUCACUGCCGCCUCCCGUGCACGCAUCCGGGCCUUCCGUAUCACCCAUCUUUUUCACUGAAAAGCAGUGGUAUGAGAUGCGCUCAUUUUUCUUUGCUGGAGAAAUUAUGACAUAUAUAUUUAUUUACCUUUAAGAAUCAUUCGUACCUUGCUCUCUGCAGUUUUUGAAGUUGCAGAUGUUUCAUUGUGUGAAAAUCGUUGAAGCAUUUGGGCAUGUCGCAGCGUGGCAUCACACUUUUCGCACUCCCAGGGGUUUUCACUCUUCUUCCCUUUAGCUCUACACAGGCAUUGACUCGAAGGCUUCUGCUUCGCAGGAUUUGGAGGGGUCUGGCAUGAUAAAUGUGCCCAUUGGGCCACCUCAAGGUGCAUCGGUCCAACAGUGUGCACACUUCGCCUUCGGUACCCCAAGAACGCUGUCUCUUCAAUUAUUUCUUCAGCAAGGCUUACCUUCCACUUGGUGCAGCGUCCUUUCUUCCCAAUUUUCUUUGCUUGCAGACCGUAUGAAUUAUAUAUACCGAUAUCAGCAAUGUAAAAGAAUGUCUUGUUUGCUUUUGCGUAGUGCUGCAUAAUGGGAAAGGAUGCCAGCUGCUGGUCUUCUACGCUUCCCAUUCCCUUGUUAACCAGCUUGAGGUUUGAGCACGGCACAACGGGCUCACUCUGCUGUGUCAUGCCACCUUUUUCCAGUGUCUGCAAUGUCCGAUUCUCAGUGGCAAGUUGAAAGCAUGGUGAGAGGUUUUUCAAUCCUUCCACUGAAUCGCAAUGAUGGCAUGUGAGAAUAAGGUAUUGCAUUCACCCUUCAUGUUCUUUCUGUUCGUCCUCACCAUUGCCACAGCAUUUGAUCUCGCAUUCUUGACAGCCAAGAAGAGAUAUGGUGACGAAUACCAUUUGUCCAUAAAAAUAGUAUGUCCAUUGGCAAGUCUGUCUCCAAGAAGAUCAGUUACAAAAGCCUCGCUGCGCAUCAUUGAACCGGUUGCACUUGAUUUCGUGUCUUGGGCCGUGUGUAUUAAAAACUUAAGGCAGUAUCCGCUAGAAGACUCGCAAAGCUUGUAAAGUCUUGCUUGGAUUGAACUGUACAUGUGGAAGGCAUCCACGGAACUUCAGGAGGCCUUCAUCUACAGCAAGGUUCUCCUCUGAAGAAUGCGCGCUGUCAAAUGCUUUUAGCAUGUAAUCUAGGACUGGACACAGCUUGCGAAGCCUGUCUUGUGUGGCAGUCUCCUCCACAGCGCAGAAAUGCGGGUAUUUUGAGAUUUGGCGCAUCGUUCCCACUCCUUUCUGACCAGUAAGAGUGUAUAGAGAUUUUCUUGACUUCGCUCAUCAGUAUGCACAACGGAGUGUACACCUUGACUUCCGCGGGGUUCGUGGCAAACCAAGCCGGGUCUGGGUGCAGAGCGCUGCUUCUCCGAUGCAAAAGCACUUGUGUGUUCAGACACCAAUUCAAAUUCCCAAAAGUCAUCCUUUAUUGGUGCAUUUAGACACUCCAGAGGUGAGCUGUUCCUAGCCAGGACCGAGUUUAUUCCUUUUUUCAAUCCCAGUGGAGAGCAGCAGAAUUUCUUCUUCUACUACUCAAGAUGAUAAAAAAAAACACUGAAAACAUCCAAAACUGCCUUCAAGCAACAUAAAUAACUAUUGCCAUAUAUCGGUAACACAGCUAACCAUGCUUCAAUAAACCGACAAGUGCUGCCAUUCAUCAGUAGCUGCGAGAAAUACAAAAUGUGGCUCAUGGCGAUGUGGCUGCACGGUGAUUUGCUGGCGUCGGUAACAUUACCACUGCAGGAGCACCCAGUGAUUCGCCACCUUUGUCAGUGAAUGGGUUAACUGCGAAUAAGACUGCGAGCUCUGUUGCAUGUCCACUUCACCUCUGUACCUUUCCCUUCAUUGCCACGGAAGGUUUCCGUAAGUAUACUAGUAUGGCUACGGUGUGAGCUCCACACAUCUCGCGUCACAUUUUUCAUUUCUAUUAUCUCAUAUUUUAGGGCCAACUGAAAGCCACUGGGCUUCAUUUGUACUAUGUACAGUGCCAAAGUCACAUAGCUCACCCUGUAGUGCCAUGCCAUCUUAAGCUUCCUGCAUUGUUUUUACCUUCUUUGCAGCAGAAAAUGAGGCUGUUUUUAUGUGCGGUUUAUGUUGGAAUAGUGUGCCAAUGAGUUGCCACCAUCGUGCCGAGCUGUACUUCACCUUGCUGAAAAUAUUUAUCGCCAGCCUAUGCAGUGGUGCGAAGUUGUAAGUGCCUGCAUGUUGCUAUGGUAACUUCCAGGAGGGCUGAUUGGCUGUAGAAGGAAUCGAACGUGCUUGGUUGUGCGUGAAAAUAGAAGCUAUUCUAAUACAGUCAUACUUUUAUAUAACGAACAUGAAUAUAAUGAAUUGUUGGACAUAACAAAGGAAGUUUAAAUGUUUCACUCUUUUUUUCAAUAUCGGCAUGUAUGCUUGUAACGAAUAUCUGAUACAGUGAAGGUAUUUUCAUCUCAAAUGUGACAAGAUUUGGUCGUAUAUAAGGAGCAUGCAUUGCAAUUUGCCCAUAGGGCUGCGCUGUCCACAACACCAACACAACUAUAAGAUGAAUUGCGUGCAUGUUGUGCAAUUUUAGUAGAAGUGGUUCUUUGUCGUGCGUACAAGCUCCUUCCACUUUGAUACCUUAGGUGUCAUUGCUCAGCUAUCUUUUCCGGGCUUUUUCUUGUCGCCAACAUUGUCUGCUGAACAUAAGCACAUCCUACCUUGCUUAGCUUUUCUUAUCUUUAACUUAUGAGCCUCCAAGCGUUUACCUUGCCUUGUAUAGAGUUAAACAGCCUAGGUUUGCUUAGCAACAUUGUUGUCAUGUCUAUAGUUUACAAAACCAAAGUAGUCUCAAAGUGUUCUUCCGCAGAGGGGUAGCUUGGGUUUCAAAGUUUUAUAUUUGUUUUUAUCUUGUAAUGUAAACCAUUACAGCUUAUGUUUUCUUGCAAGCUAGCCUCUAGCUGAGUGUCCAUAUGAAUGCAUAGGUACCAAGUGGUUGUGACAGACUGUCUGCAUCUAUUCACAUAGUAUUUCUUAGCUCCUACUUAAGGUUUGCUUUGCCACAUGGAUACCUGUUAGAGAGAUGCCUAGUGCACAAGCUCCUAGAGCAUACCAUUACUAGUCCACAUAUAUCCACCUUUUGAAGCAAGGGUUGAUAGGCGUCAAGUAAAUUGGACUCUGUGGUUCGCACCACUGUACAGAAACAAGCUAAAAGGUGCGAGUGCACAGGGCUCUGGUAUGCAGCUGUUAUGUUGGUGAGCAGGUGUCACUGGUGUCGGGAAGAGGUCCCUUGCCAGGAGUUGCCCCAUCUCCUUUGAUCCACGCCUGAACUUGUUUCCUUCGUCUUAGACCUUGAGCACAGUACUGGAUUUUAAGAUUUGGAUCUCCAAACACUUGUCACUUUCCUACACAUGGCGCGUCGCUCUGCAUUUGUCGCGUGCUUCUAAGGCUGUGUGCACGCACUCUGCCUCGCCAACUCAUCCCAGUGAAGCAACAGCUACGGCUUAUGUCAGUGGGCUAGGUGCAAGAACCAAAUGAUGGGCCUGUUUCUUGUUAUUUAGUUGUUUUCUUUUAUUAUGUGUUGAGCAUUUCUGCAUGUAUUUCUAUUUGGGAAUAUUGAAGCUAAAGGUUACCGCUGAUGAAAGUGGUCUCGACUCGUGUUCAAAUUCGCAUCUCCAUGAAGGCAUUUCCUAAGAAGUGUACUCUUAUUGGCUGAUGCAGUGGAAUUGGCAGGCUCGUUCACAUAGAAGAAGUGAAAGCGUCCUGGCAGCUGAUUCUCUUACCCUGUCUAAUGUUGUCUUUGAACUGCUUGCAUUUCCUGCCAACAGUUGAAUCAUCGGCUGCCCUACAGCGAGGCCUUGAAAGGCUUCAUAACCAAAUUAAAUGUCCAAGCAGCCCGAACUUCACUAAUCACUAAUGCUUUUGAGCAAGCAAAAUAUUUUUAAAACCAUUUUUACAGUUGUAACAUCUGUGCAACUGCCAUGAGCCUGCUUGCAAAUGUUGGGUUACAUUGCAAAUUUUCAUGCAAAAGUUGUGCUAGUGUUGUGCUAGCAUAUAUAACUGAGCUCAGAGAUCGGGCACUGCAUUUCAGCCAUUGGCAGCCAGUUAAUGCUUGUAGCAGUUGAACCUUCUAAUCAGCUUCCACAGAUUAAGCUGUUAAGACAAAUGUUUCUUAAGGACUGUCUUCCCAGAGAUAGUAGUCAGAAUACAGCUACUGUUACUGGAAAUGGGUACUGGGCGCAGACAGUAGGGGGGGGGGGGAGCAGUUCAGCUCUCAGUGAUGCGAAAGGCUCAGGAGUGUGCAUUCGUUUGAUUUACAGAGUAAAUGUUUUGUAAGCACAUCUACUAGCCUCCCCACUGCCUGAAGGGUUGACUUAUGUGACAAUUUGAAGGAUGUGGUCACCAUUGUUUUGUGUUUGUUUACUUCAUAUCAAAAGCAGGAGUUCUGCUGCUUAAUGUUUUCAAAACAAGCACUGUAGCGAUAAGCCUUUAUAGUUGUAGUAAGGUCUUGCAAAACCUACAGUAUCGCUCGAGGGGGGGUGGCAUCACCAUUAGUUCUGGCAAACAUGCCAUAGGUAUUCUUUGUGCUUGUCUACUGUAGUCAGUGGCAGGUAAAGAAUGCAGCAAGGUAUGCCCUUAAAAUGUGCCACUUACCUUUCCCGAUUGCUGUCCAUAUACUUGCCUUCACCUUGUUGUGGCACUGCUUUGGCACGAACCUCCAUAUCCUGGCUAGAGAAGGCUUGAUCAUAGGGUACAAACCGUGCUGACAUCUGUGGAGGGAUUGACUCCAGCUCCUGUGGUGUGCCUUGACUGCAAAGCACGUCCAGUAUUACUGUGCACGUGUUUGCCUUGCGCCAUCUUCUUCAUCUCUGCAUUUGUCAAUGUUGGCUGUUGUAUUGGGCAAGUGCAGUGGGCUAGUUGGUAAACCAGUGAGGCUCUGCCUCUACAUUCUGUGUGGAGUGAUAGAAAACAGGUGCAGUUACCUUCGUGGGAGGAGCAUCCCCUGCAUUCCUGUCAUGUCACUGACUGUAACAUGAAAUGAUAUUACAUUACGUGUUCAGAAGGUAUGCAUCACAAACACAAAAAUUAGUGAAACAGUGUUGCAACAGCUUCUUCAUUAAUGUUCACGCAGUAGCAUAACCACGUUACCCUGAGGACAAGGCCGUCCACGUAGCAGUUUUAGGAAAGAGAAGUCUACGAUUGUGCAGAUUGCGUUUGUGUCGUAGCACAGUAGUUCCUAAACAGCUGUACGUUGGUGCUGUUUGUUUCCUGCAAGGAAAACUCUCCAUGGCACCCUCAGGAGGCUUUUUUUUUUUCAUGUGUACUGAGCUUGCAUUUGUUUUACCGCAUUUUUAAUAGGUCUUAGACACGUUUAUCAUUUUUUCCACUCCUCAUCUCACUGUAAUAGUCAAAGUUUAUUGCAAGUGUUUCAUUCCUGGAACAUGCUGCUGUGCCACAGCGUGCAUUGUGUGUGCUACGCAUCUGUGCUGCUUGCCAUGAAAGAAGUGUCCCAGGGAUGUGGUGCAGCUCUUAUAACUCAUUUCCAGCGCCUAUUGCCUGCGCAAUGUCGUCACAAACAGGCCAAACACAAAGCCGGGCCUAGUUGAGGGGGGUGCAGAGGUUCUGAGAUUCUCAAGUAUUUUUUCACGGGUGCCCCGUACUAUGUCUGUCUCUCUCCCUCCCUCUCUCUGUCUGGGCCCUGCGAGUGCUGUAUUGUCUCGAGGUCGUACCCUGCCCGAGGGGGGGUGCUCGAACGGUGAUACAAAGGACUGUGUUGUGUGACCACCACUAGUAGCCGAAAACGUAGCAUGCAUGUGUGUGCGUGUGUGUGUGUUUGCGUGUGUGUGCGCGUGUCUAGAAGCUGUGUUUCCCCCCUGGAAGCCUUGUGUGUGGUGGGCUGCACCUCCUCUGCCAGGCGGAGAAGAGACUGGGGAGCGCGACCGGAAAAAGGCGAGAGUGUAUCAUAUGGCACGUGCUUUGUGCCCAGAGACGUGUUUGUGAGUGAUGUAAAAGAAAAAAUAAUAAAAGUGAAUUAUAGAGCUAGGAGACGA